GAUUGUUUUCAAAAUUAUUCUCCGUCUGAGGUGUUUGUACAGAGUCUGGCGCGGCAAACAGACGAGGGAGACGUGGAAACCAUUUUGUGUCAUCAGCGAGACCUACUCUCGAGGUAUGAGAAGACAAAUGAAAUGUUGGUGAACAGCACGACGGUCUCUGCGAUGCGAAGCCAGAAUGCCGCCGUGGAUUUCAAACGACACGUGACGGUGUUGCGCGAAAUGAAGAAGGAUCUGGACUACGUGUUCCGGAAAGUGAGAGUCUUGAAAAGCCGCAUUAAGGACCGGAACCCGGAAGCUUUUGCAGUCGCCGAACGAAGCGUCAACUCUGGUCGACUCCGGUCCGAUUCAUCGACAGUUGACGAGGCUGACGAAGGAAAAUUGCUGUGCGAUAAGCUGGACAAAAUCUGUCCUGAAUCUGGGCCACACAAGCACUACGUGGGAUUCCGAUACACUCCUCCAUUGACGGAGCAUGCGUUGGACGCCAUGAUCGCGGACGGUAUUGAACACGCUGUAGCUUUCAGUCAAUACCCUCAAUACAGUUGCGCAACUUCAGGGUCCUCCUUCAACGCGAUUUAUAACUACAUGAAAAAUAAAACUGACGGUAAGAUGAAGUGGAGCUUGAUCGACCGAUGGGGAACGAACAGAUUUCUCGCGAAAACGUUUGCAACGUUGAUUCGGGGAGAACUGGAGAAAUGUGAUGAAGUCACGAGGAAGAAUAUUGUUUUGCUUUUUACUGCGCACUCUUUGCCCAUGAAGGCUGUGGAAAGAGGUGAUCCUUAUCCUGCUGAGGUUGGAGCCACGGUUCAGCUUGUUAUGGAAGAGCUCAAAUUCGCAUACCCGUAUCGGUUGGUGUGGCAGUCAAAGGUUGGCCCCUUGCCUUGGCUCUCGCCAGCAACAGAUGCAGCUAUUGAA